AUGCUGAAAAAGGAAGUACAAAAGGUGCUGAAGGGCGCCGCAUACACGGAGGCUAGUCCAAUUUCAGAUGUCUCGCAUCAGAAGGCAGAUGCCAGCAAGGCGUUUCUUGAGAAUCACUACCGUGAUAUGUUACGGGAGGCGCGUAGUGGUGGUAAUGCGCGGCCAGUCGGCCCACGGCAACGAGAGCCGUGUGCGGAGGAUUUUGUGCUUCUUAAACAUGUUGGCAGAGGCGCGUUUGGCGAGGUGUACAUUUGUCAACGCAAAGAUGAUGAGGAAAAGCGUCUGUACGCUCUCAAGCGGAUGCGAAAGACGGAUAUGAUUCGUAAAAAACAGAUACUUCACGUGAGGUCUGAGAAGGAUGUCAUGGCGGAGGCGGCUGCAACUAAUGAAUGGGUGGUACGUUUACACCUCAGCUUUCAAGACGAGUCGUACCUCUACAUGGUGAUGGAAUACAUGCCAGGUGGAGACAUGAUCUCAUGGCUUUGCUUAAAGCAGAAGUUUGACGUGGAGAGCACGCGCUUUUACAUUGCGGAACUUUGCGCUGCUGUCGCCAGCGUGCAUGAGAUGUGUUUUGUUCAUCGUGACAUAAAACCGGACAACAUCCUCUUGGGCGCGGAUGGGCAUAUUAAACUUACGGAUUUUGGCCUCUCCAAGCGAUUUGCAAAGUUGGAUGAGGAGCUUCUGGAGCUCGAAGAAGGUGCCCCGUUUGAGAGCAUAACUCUCGGCGAAGUGUCAAGUAGACCUGAACCUGCGUUACCGGCUGAACGGCAUGGCGUGGUGCAUUACCGUGAUCGACACAUGUUCGAGUCUAUUGUGGGUAGUCCUGGCUAUAUUGCGCCGGAGAUUCUGCAGCGUCAGCGCUACGGUGUGGAGUGCGACUGGUGGUCCGUGGGUGUCAUUAUGUACGAGAUGCUCUACGGUAUUCCUCCCUUUUUUUCGCCAAACCCGAACUCAACCUGCUACAAGAUCACGCACUGGCGGGAGUACCUCCUGUACCCAGAUAAAUGUGGCGUGCCUGAGGACGCGGUGGAUUUGAUGCAACACCUCAUGUGUGACCCCAAAGACCGUCUGGACUUUAACGACAUUAAGGCGCAUGCGUUCUUCCGUGGAAUCGAGUGGGAACACCUGCGUGAGAUAAAGGCGGCUUUUAUACCGGUGCUGUCCAAUCCGCUUGACACGACGUACUUCCCUCAGAUUGACGACGGGGACAAACCACAACGACCUGAAGAGAGUAACACCGUGAAGGAGGUUGACCCACACGGGGUAAUGUUUGCCGACUACAAGUUCAACCUAUCACGGUGA